AUGGCAGCGGAGCAAGAUCCCUCAUUCUUGCGAUGGCUGGUGCUUCUUUGCAUGUUCGGAUUGGGGCUGGUGCAGGCCAUCGGUUGGAUGACUUACAGUGCCAAUCCAGACAUAGCUGCUGAUUUUUACGGCUUCGAAAACCCGAAGGCGUCCAUCGACAUGCUGCUGAACUGGGGUUCCAUUAUGUACUUGCCCGUGGCGCCCGUUGCGGGAUGGAU